AUGGCAAGCAAAACCACACCAACCCCACACCUCGUCGCCGUCGACGCCUCCGCGCUACCACAAACACCCGAAGAAGUGGCAACUUUAAAACCGGACAAGCGCGUUGCCGUCUCGCACGGGUGCGAGGAGAGGGUCGCAGCGGAAUCGAGCAAGGAGGACGUCACGCUCGGCCACUUCUGUGCGACGCUCCGCGGCGACCCGCGCGCGGGCUACCUGAAGCAGUGCCCGCUCGAGGAUCUGGGCUGCCGGUGGUCAUUGCGGGCGCACGCGCCUUUUCUCACGUCGUGGGUCCAGGAGACGGCGUUUUUAUGGGUCGGCGGCGCCGACGCGACCACCGGACUGCACAGCGACGACGAGGACAAUGUAUUAAUAGUGACGCACGGUUCCAAGCACGUCCUGCUCUACCCGCCGAAUUCAAGGAGGCACCUCGACCCGAAUCCAAGGUAUGACAACGGCACGGAGUGCUGCGAGAUCGACGCGUUUCUGUCCGAGGCGGAGAAGGCGCGGCAGCAUCCGCCGUACGCGGGCUGCGCGCCGCCGCUGAGCUUCGUCUUGCGGGCGGGAGACGCCCUCUUCAUCCCGCGGGAUUGGUUCCACGCCGUGCGGUCGCUCGACGUCUCGGUCUCGGUGAACGUCUUCUACAGUACUCUCGCGGACCUAGCGACGCGCGGCGCGCACCGCGCCCUGACGGACUUCGCGCACAACCGGCUCGGGCUCUGGCGCACGAACUGUGUCUGCCACCGGCCGUCCGGCGGUUUUGGGAUGAGGCCAUAA